UAAAGGUUGCUUUGUUAAGUUUAAAAGUCAUGGAAAAUUUAUAAAGCUUUAAACAAUUUUUAUUUUGCGUUUACUGAAAUAAAAAAGAGAAAUAAUUAAAAUAAAAAGCACAAUGAGUUCUCAGUUAAUCUGUGAGGGGCCUCCCACACCCCCUCCCUCGUAUUCGGAGGCGAUGGGCUGGGAGCCACCUAGAUCGGCGGUGGAAAAUACCACGACUUUGUCCCCUCAGGAUACCACAGGUCGCACCUCGCUGCUAACGAUCUGCCCAAGAUGCCUCGACGAGAUUGAGACGACCACAGUAAACCGGCGCGGAAAUAUGGCGUAUGUGGCCUCCUUCGUAGUUAUGUUCACCACCUGCGGACUGGGAUGCUGGCUGCUACCGUGCAUCAUCAAUGGCUUCAACGAGGUUCAUCACUCGUGUCCCAACUGCAAGGCGCCCCUGGGCACAGUUCAUCUAUAGGAUAGUAUCUGAAAGAGCGCUCACAUUAAGCACCUUCUCACACUAAAAUAUUU